UGGGGAGAGCGGAAUGGAUGCUUUCAAAGAGCUGGCCGCCCAGGAAGGCCUCUGCAUCGCCCACUCAGACAAAAUCUACAGCAACGCUGGGGAGAAGAGCUUUGACCGACUCCUGCGCAAGCUCCGAGAGCGGCUUCCCAAGGCCAGAGUGGUGGUGUGCUUCUGCGAAGGGAUGACUGUCCGGGGCCUCCUGAGCGCCAUGCGGCGCCUUGGCGUCGUGGGCGAGUUCUCACUCAUCGGAAGUGAUGGAUGGGCAGACAGAGAUGAAGUCAUUGAAGGUUAUGAGGUGGAAGCCAACGGGGGAAUCACGAUAAAGCUGCAGUCUCCAGAGGUCAGGUCAUUUGAUGAUUAUUUCCUGAAACUGAGGCUGGACACUAAUACAAGGAAUCCCUGGUUCCCUGAGUUCUGGCAACAUCGGUUCCAGUGCCGCCUACCAGGACACAUUCUGGAAAACCCCAACUUUAAAAGAAUCUGCACAGGCAAUGAAAGCUUAGAAGAGAACUAUGUCCAGGACAGUAAGAUGGGGUUUGUCAUCAAUGCCAUCUAUGCCAUGGCGCACGGGCUACAGAACAUGCAUCAGGCCCUCUGCCCCGGCCACGUGGGCCUCUGCGAUGCCAUGAAGCCCAUCGAUGGCAGCAAACUCCUGGAAUUCCUCAUCAAGUCCACGUUCAUCGGAGUGUCUGGAGAGGAGGUGUGGUUUGAUGAGAAAGGGGAUGCUCCUGGAAGGUAUGAUAUUAUGAAUCUGCAAUACACAGAAGCCAAUCGCUAUGACUAUGUACACGUUGGAACUUGGCAUGAAGGGGUCUUGAAUAUCGAUGAUUACAAAAUCCAAAUGAACAAGAGUGGAAUGGUACGGUCUGUAUGCAGUGAGCCUUGCCUAAAGGGUCAAAUCAAGGUCAUACGGAAAGGGGAAGUCAGUUGCUGCUGGAUUUGCACUGCCUGCAAAGAGAAUGAGUACGUGCAAGAUGAAUUCACCUGCAAAGCUUGUGACUUGGGAUGGUGGCCCAAUGCAGAUCUGACAGGAUGUGAACCCAUUCCUGUCCGCUAUCUUGAGUGGAGCAACAUAGAGUCCAUCAUAGCCAUCGCCUUCUCCUGCUUGGGCAUCCUUGUCACCUUGUUUGUCACCCUGAUCUUCGUGCUAUACCGAGACACGCCUGUGGUCAAAUCCUCCAGCCGGGAGCUCUGCUAUAUCAUCCUAGCUGGCAUCUUCCUUGGUUACGUGUGUCCUUUCACCCUGAUUGCCAAGCCCACUACCACCUCCUGCUACCUGCAGCGCCUCCUGGUCGGCCUCUCUUCCGCCAUGUGCUACUCCGCUUUAGUGACCAAAACCAACCGCAUCGCACGCAUCUUGGCUGGCAGCAAGAAGAAGAUCUGUACCCGGAAGCCCAGGUUUAUGAGUGCCUGGGCCCAGGUGAUCAUUGCCUCAAUUCUGAUCAGCGUGCAGCUAACCUUGGUGAUAACCCUGAUCAUCAUGGAGCCCCCCAUGCCCAUCCUGUCCUACCCGAGCAUCAAAGAAGUCUACCUUAUCUGCAAUACCAGCAACCUGGGGGUUGUGGCCCCUUUGGGCUACAAUGGGCUCCUCAUCAUGAGCUGUACCUACUAUGCCUUCAAGACCCGCAAUGUGCCCGCCAACUUCAACGAGGCCAAAUACAUUGCCUUCACCAUGUACACCACCUGCAUCAUCUGGCUGGCUUUCGUGCCCAUUUACUUUGGGAGCAACUACAAGAUCAUUACUACCUGCUUUGCAGUGAGCCUCAGUGUAACGGUGGCCCUGGGGUGCAUGUUCACCCCCAAGAUGUACAUCAUUAUUGCCAAACCUGAGAGGAAUGUCCGCAGUGCCUUCACCACCUCGGACGUGGUCCGCAUGCACGUUGGCGAUGGCAAGCUGCCCUGCCGCUCCAACACUUUACUCAGCAUUUUCAGAAGAAAGAAACCAGGGGCAGGGAAUGCCAAGUGAGUUGUCUGGCCUGGGUUUGCCUUUUCUAUUUCUCUUUCUGUCUCUCCCUCUCUCUUUCUAUUUUCUUCUAUUUGACUAAAGCAUGUUCUUCCAUUCCCCCAAUGUUUUCCAUGUCCUUUCUUAAUCUUUUCUUUUUUUAUCCAAAUCUCACAUUCUGUUGCAGUAGGAAUGUGUUAGUACUAAAGGUCUUCAGUGUUUUUAUUUCUUUGAAAGAGCAAGGAGUGUGAAGCAACAACCAGCUGAGUGCAUAUUCACUCUUACC